GACCGAAGCGUUGUCGUAUUUGCGAGGGAAUGAUUAUUUAUACCACGUGGUUCCUGUGGCGCUCUGCCAGGCUGGAACCUUAGCCUUGGGCAACGCAACGUAUCUCCACUUCGGCGUGGGAAUGGUGCAAAUGCUUAAAGCAGGCACGCCAAUCUUUGUGCUCUUGACCCUGGUCAUGCUGAGACUGGAAUCCCCCUCCAUGAUCAGGACGAUGUUUGUGUCCCUGAUUACGGUGGGCACAUUCAUCACGGCUGGUACUACGCCACAAUGGAAUUGGACAGGACUGACCCUGUCACUGGGAGCCAUGAUUACCGAAGCCCUACGAGUCGGCUUGACGCAGUUUCUGCUGAGAUCAUGUAAAUUUUCAGUUACCGAAGGACAGUACGUGUUAGCGCCGACCGUGUCGUUGGCCCUGCUAGUGGCCUCCCUCACCAUCGAAGGACAAGACGUGCUGAGCAUCGAGGCCUUGAGCAAAGUCAUCGAGUACCCUCACCUUUUCCUUUUUGCGGCGUGCCUUGGCACGGUGGUGAACUAUUCCAGUCUGUAUCCUACGCUGAUGGCUGUCCAAGCUCGAUGGCUCCGGCUGCAGAGCGCGAAGAGCUCGAAGGGCUUUGCAGUGGCAGCGACCGCCAAGUUGCAAGCGCCCCUGAUACAGGUGGAGCGAGUGGACCCGGGUCCCGGCUCCGGACGCGCGCUGAAGCGAAAGUAUGGGCCCAGCAGCUGGGACGGGCAAGUGCCCUGGGAGCGCGGCAGUAUGAUAGUGCCUCAAGUUGCUGAGAGCGACGUUGAGGAGUUCAUCCAGCAGGAGCUCGAUUCCUUUGCCCCGAUGACCCCCAGGCCACUGACCAUGCAAGAGGUCCUGGACAUGUUGGACCCGCAACGCAUUGCCAAGUUCUUGCACGUAGAGGUGCCCAUCCGUAUCGCGGAGCGCAUCCGCUGGAUCCGCGAGAUACGAAAUUGGCAGGAGAUUCCGGAGCUGGUGGAGAUUGAGGAUGCACAUGUUAAUGUGUAUUUGGCCUGCGUGAACAUGAAAUCCGGCGCGGCUGCGCCCCUGGCCGGCAUCGUGGACCCGGACUGCGACGUGGCACAGAUCUGCCGAGAAACGGCGAUGCAUGUACAGGAAAUUACCGAGGAGCACACGGGGCGAACACCAAAGAUUGAGGUGAAAGAAUUCCACGACAAGGCAGUGCCACGUUUUUCCUACAUCCCUGGUUUUUUGCGGUUCAUCAUGACUGAAGUGUUGAAGAACAGUUGCCGCGCCACAGCAGAAGUUGCAAAGUCAGAUCGCGAGGUACAGAAACGACCUAUCGAGAUCAUCGUAUGUGCAGAUGACCAUGAAGUGGCCAUUCGCGUGAACGACCGCGCGCGUGGAAUUCCAUUUGGUGUUGGGCAAAAGGUGUGGUCCUACCUAUAUACCACCGCCAACAAAGACAAAAGCAUCAGUUAUGCAACGACAGCGACGUCUUUGGCUGGCUAUGGCAUUGGUCUCCCCUUGUCCCGGCUCUAUGCUCGUUACUUCGGUGGUACACUGAAGCUGGUUUCACUGCCGGGCUAUGGCACCAGCGUCGAUUUGUUCCUACGACGUGUCAAUUCCAAGCAGGUGGAGAUUGUGCCUGAUAAUGACAACUAG